AUGUCGGAAAGCAGCAAAGACAGUGAGGUUCAGCUUCCGCCGGAGUACCUCGGUCUCAAGCAAAUCACGCGGAAACCGUACCUUGACAAGCAGUAUGAAAAAGCAACAGACGUUGUCUGGAAGCUUUACAAGGAACACACCUACGACCCAAAGGAGCUUCUUGAUCUCAACGGGGAGAUCACCAAGCUGACUUUAGAAAAAGGUGUCUCCAAUGGAACAAGCUACCUAAUCUCGCUCGACCAUAUCUCUGAUACCCUUAAAGAGGUGACCACCGUUGCCAAAGCCCAGCAGGAUCCGGAUAAAGUGGAAGUUGAUAUCUGGAAACUGAACGAAACGAUUGAAAGAUGGGUUCGCGCCCACCAUUAUCCAAAAACUUGGCUUGCGACGUUUUCUGCCAAGGGUGGAAAGAUCACGCCAGGAGAGUGGCACGAGAAUACAAACAAUACACCAAAGGAUGGUGCGGAAAAGGGUGGCUUGACAGAAGAACACCAAAAGAUUUAUGAGCAAGCUACCACGCCGCUGAUGCAGCUCUACAAAAACAACUACAACACGGCGGCCCUAGGGAAACUUGCCGCCUUAAACAAGCAGAUAAGAGACUUGAACAAGCGCAAUGGUGUGCAUAGCGAAUCCUAUACCGUCGGCUUUGGUCCCAUCCGCAAGAAACUUGAUGUUUUAUAUACCGAUUACGCUAUGAAAAGGGCCUCCAAAGCCAAGAACGCCCAGAAUGAAAUAGGUGCCGCUAUCCACACGUUUAACGCAUUUAUCAAAGACUACGUUCGGAAGCAUUCCUACCCUGAUUUCUGGGCGCCGGAGUUUUCGCUUCAAAAAGCUAAGCUGCACAUCAGUUUCUCCCCGGCAGUUAAGUCUGAGGAGGAAACGGAGGAAGAGGCCACCAAGAAAAAGAAGAAGAAGAAGAAGAAGAAGAAGGCUGGGGAAGAAGAGGAGUCGGAGUCAGAGGAGGAGGAGGAAGAGGUCGCCAAAAAACAGAAGGACAAGAAAAAGAAGAAAAAGAAGAACAAGAGGAAGAAGGCUGGGGAAGAAGAGGAGUCGGAGUCAGAGUCAGACCCCUCGGACUCCUUCUCGGACUCUGAGGAGGAGGAGGAGGAGGAAGAGGUCUCCAAGAAAAAGAAGGACACGAAAAAGAAGAACAAGAAGAAGAAGGCUAAGGAAGAAGAGGAGGAGAAGGGGUCAGAGGAGGAGUUGUCGGAGGAGGAGGAGUUGUCGGAGGAGGAGGAGUUGUCGGAGGAGGAGGAGUUGUCGGAGGAGGAGGAGUUGUCGGAGGAAGACCUACCUCCAUUAAAGGAUUAUCGAACAGUGAAGGCUGGCAAAACUGGGGACGGGCGGAAAAUCUUAGCCUACAGGGAUGUGACGCGCUGGAAUAGAAAGGAGAAAAGAUACGUGAAAGGCCCGUCAACGUUUAUUGUCCAGAGCAAGCCGCAUAGCCGGAUCUGCACCCUCGAGUCUGAUCUACAGAUUGGACUUGACGCGUCAGAAGCUUACUGCGCCUGGGAUAAGAAACUUGACUACGAGAAAAAUGCACCGGAGCUCGGCCCAAAGGACUGGGAGAACUUUAAAGGGAUUAGGAUGGUUGCUUGCCGAGUCCCCAGAGGGCCAGUGAAAAUAGCGCCCGAGAGGAGAGUUGAUGCGGUCUUUGAAAAGCCUAACGGAGAGGAAUAUGGAGGCUGGAUCGGUUAUAGCGAGUUGUGUCGUGUUACCGGCAACAGGAAACGCGCUACCGAAUUGAUCAAGGCUAUAUAUCGGGCCGAAUCCGCACGGGACCCAUGUGAAGGUAUGAUCGUUGGAAAGUCUACAGAGCGGACAUCAUCCACCACCAGGGAUGAGAAAUACUCCCAAGGUUCGGCGGCGUCCAAAGGUAAGGGUAAGUCGACAUCGGCGCCAGCCAAGGGUAUGGAUAACGAGGUAAUCCAAGCCCUGCAACUACUACGUCGUCUCGGGUAUGGUGUCGCAGGGUAA